CAUGACGUCAUAGGUCGAGAAGCCUAACAACAGCAAGAUGCAGCAUAGAAAGUUGAAGAGCGCGAAUAUUUAAGAAAGCGAAGAUGAAGUUGUUUGCUAUAGCAAGUUGUUUUAAGCCACCUUUAAAUUUUAAUCAUAAUAAUUUUCACAACAGUUCAAGCAAGUUUCAAAGACAAGAUAAGAAUGUUACCACAACACGACAAGAUCACACCAGCCACAAAUCAAGCUGGAUAAAGGAGACGAUGAUGGUAUUUGUCUGCCAGCCAACCAAGAACCCGGCACCACUUGACCUUGGUCAGCUGAUGGUCAGCAAUAAGGAGCCGUCAAGGAAAUGCGAUCUCAGUGGUAACAACAAUUUCCGAAGAGGCAUUGUCCAGGAAAACCUGAUGGUUUUAGUGUGCAGCCCAACCUGGUGUCCUCCUCCACUUGACCUCGGUUACGGCACCAAAGCACCAAUGCAUGUCAAGCGAGAUGAAGUUUGUGAUUUGUUGGGAAUGGGAUCAUUUGGAGACCUCGUCCUGGCUGUACCGCCGACAUUGUUUCACGAGGAACAGAAUAACUGGUCUCCUGAUAAGCUCAAUGAGGCUAGAUAUUUGAGGCAAUCAAUUGUAUUUGAACCAGGGUUUUUCAGUCCUAGCUGUUCUCCUCGAGAGGUGGUCCUCUGUCAGAACCAAUCACCGUUGUCAAUCGACAGUUCAUCUCAUGAUUCACCAAUUAGUAUGACCCCUCCGAAUCUACUUCCGAUUAUUUCGACCGAAGUGACGCCUGGCGUGAGUAACCUUGACAUGUUCAUUAAAAGCCUAGACAGUUUACCUUACUCUGACAAAAGCCUCUUUGCUGCUGUGGAAAGACUCGCAGAGAUACCUGCAACACCAGUUCUACAGAGUGCAUCAUCGUGCAGAAGAUCAGUGUUUGAGAAAAGCACUCCAAAACCGUCAUGUGAACCAUUUCUUCAAACGAGCUUUUCUGAGACAUUACGAACGGUACCACAUUUGGAGACUCACAUUGCAUUAUCAAGUCUUCUACCAGUAUCAGUCCCGGCCAUCCCAACACGUCUUUUCGCUGUUCAGAACAGUGUACACAUUGCCCACCGUGUCCACACACCGUCCACAUCAGUCCCAGCCUCACCAGUAAGCCUUGUAGCUGCAGCUGCCAAUUUACUGGCAAUUGCCCCAGCGUUGACCUAUUCAAGUGGAUCGUCAUUGGAAGAGAUCUGUUUUACUGGCGGGCAAGCGUCCUCAGUAGAAAUGCUUUUUUCACACACCUCCGAAACAGCCCUCAUCCAAAUGCCACCGACACUAAACUUAGCAUCACCAAUGUUUCCCCAAAACCGUGCUUACUUAAUGACGGUAAACAUGGUUUCUGUAAGGUCAGUUAGGGAAGAUCGACUUAAUAUAAGCAUCGUCGAGACCAUUGAAUCUCCAGUGCAGCGGCUGCAAAAUAGUUUGACACUAAGCGUUGCUAUGGCAGCUGCACCAAUUCAAGCAAUCGCUCAAUCAAGAGGAAUAGAAACUGAACUGUUAGCUCUAAUGGAGUCAGAUAAAGAGUCAUCAUCAAUACAGCGAAUUCCUCCGAAUACGAGAAGGCCCCUGUAUAUGGUUGCUCCACCUCCCCAAGGCCACUAUAUGGGCGCCCAGCCUCCCCAGAAAACCACAAUUCCUCUUAAUACGAGAAGGCCCCUGUAUAUGGUUGCUCCACCUCCACAGGGCCACUAUAUGGCCACCCAGCCUCCCCAGGAAACCACCAUCAAUCCUUAUGACGGAGACAUUCAUUUAUUCGGAGAGUCUCACUAUAACUACCGGGUGAUUGGCCAGAGGAUUGAAACAAUUGAUGUGAAAAUGGAUAUCCUGUCCUGCCUUCACUUCCUUUAUCAAACUAACCCGGCCACCGGAAUGGUUAAUGUCAUUGGAUCAGGGAUGUUUGGUUCGGUUUUUACGGCAACACACCUCCCCACUGGCCAGCUAGUUGCGAUCAAGUCUCAGUAUCAUGCUCUGGAAGAUGGACACAAAAUUAUCUCAGAGGCAAGGAUAAUGCAACUCUUAUCUGACACUGGAUAUGUUCCCAAAUUGUAUGGACUGCUACCAGACCCAACAGAUCAACGAAAGCUGCUGAUCGUGAUGGAGAUGGUUGGGUCGGGCGUGACCUUGCGACAGAAACUACAAGAGAACACUCUAGAUGAGAGACAAAAGAUCUUCCUUGCUAUACGCCUCACUAUUGGUCUUCACGCCAUUCAUGAACAAAAUGUCCUUCUGAACGACAUCAAAGAUGACAAUAUUAUUGUGUUCUCCUCCGAUGGAUACGACAUACAUGCAAAAUACAUCGACUUCGGUCACGCUUCAUGUGGCUUUGUGAAAAAAUACGGGGGCAACGGUUUUACAAAUGCAAGGUGCACUCAACUCGCACCCGAGGUCCGAGAAGGCAACCCGACAACACGUGCCUCAGAUAUCUUUGGUCUUGGGUACACAAUCGCAUUAUUCCGGGUAACCAAAUUGAUUGAAGUAGUUGAUCAAUGCAUGUGUCAUGACCCAGGUCAGCGACCAUGCACCGCAAUCGUAAGCCAGAUGAUAAUGAAUUUACUUUAGGUCGGAAAACCAUAAUAAUGCAGGAGUUGAACAUGGCUUUACCCUGACCUCCUUAUUGGAAAUAUAACAACUCCCCGGAAGCUUCAGUGGCUAGGACGAACUGCCUGAUUUAUAAUGACUGACGUUUUCUCAACCAAUCAUUUAAGAACGAACUGUGGCUCGGAAGAACAGCAAUACAGUCCUGAACCGAAAUAUUCCGAAUGUGUCUUCUCGGAAACCUUGCAAAAGUUCCUUUGUAGAAGAAACAAUAAGUUAAUUAUUUGUUACCAUUCUCAUGUUUUGCCCUCUC